AUGGGCUUUUCUUGUUCUGGAAGAAAAGGAACAGUUGUUGCUUUGAUCAGUGCUGUGGCAGUGAUUUCUGGCUGCAUCGCUCUCUUAGUGUGGCUGGCAGUCAAAAAACAAUUUCUAGAAGACAUGGAACCGAGGCCCUCCUUUUAUUCAGGCGGAGACGUAUUAGAUUAUUUGCUUAAUCUGAAGAGAAUAGACAGAAAAGAUGGAUUGUUGGUUACCUGGUAUCAUGCUGCAAAUAGUAAGAAUGACAUGGAAGAGGCCUUAAAAGCUGAUAUCAUGGCGCUAGAAUCUGACGUCACCCUUGAAGGAUACAAUACGCCCAAUGAGACAGAGAAACCGAUUAUGGCCCACCCCCCUGUCAUCUACAGUGACAAUACACUUCAGAAUUGGCUAACGACAGUGCUCAGGUUAUCUGAUAAAGUGAUCAAGCUAGACUUCAAAAACAUCAAGACAGUGGGUCCAUCUUUGGAUAUCUUACUAAAAACGUCUUCGGAGUUGAAUAUUGACCGACCUGUUUGGCUAAACGCAGAUAUUCUGAAAGGGCCAAAUGUUCCUAUUGAUAUUGCAGUUAAUGCAAGCCAAUUCCUGACUCUCAUUCAGGAGAAGUUUCCAAACUGCACUCUUUCUCCGGGAUGGACAACCCUCUAUUUAGCUCACUUUCCAAACAAGACCUAUACGCAGAGGAUGGUGGAAGAAAUGCAUUCCCUUGUGGGAAACCUCCCUCAGCAAAUCACCUUCCCUGUAAGAGCUGUCAUGGUAAAACCAGCCUGGACUCAUCUGAGUUGGCUUCUGAGUCAAUCCAAAAGAUACAGCCUGACUUUGUGGCAAGGGAAGACUGAUCCAGUUACUGUGGAAGAUCUUCUGUUUAUUCGAAACAACAGCAAACCUGAACAAAUCUACUAUGACCUUUAUGAACCUAUUUUGUCUCAAUUCAAAAAAUUGGCAUUCUCUCAACCAGAGUCAAGUGCAAAAAGAAGAUGGAGAAACUGAAUGAAAAAUUUUGGGAAAAAGAAUGGAACUAAUUAAUGUACAGCCAAUUUACAACACAGGGAAUGUUUGACGAUUUAAAAUGGACUUUUCGGAUUUGGAAGAUACAGACGUUGGAGACAACUUUAUUACAUGGAUUCAAUUGAUACAUACUUUACAAAUUGUACAAAUAAAUAUGGAGGAAGGUUGAUCAAGCCUUGUCAAAUACAAAAAGGAACGAGGCAGGAAAGCUCACUUUUUGCAUAGUUAUUCAUUCUGGGUCUUAAUGUUUCAAAUAAUGCCAAAAGACAAGAUAACAAAAUUAUCGGAGUGAAAGUUUUUUUUUUAAGUGUAUAAAUGAAGGCCGCCUUUGCUAAUGAUUUGACUUUAAUUUUGGGAGACCACCUAAAAGGGACAGCUAUAUUAAAGAAAAAAUCUUGGAAUGUGGUGCAUUGACUGGAUUUAAAACUGAGGAAAAAAUAAAGAUAUUGACAAAGAAUAUAAAGAUGGAAGAGCAAAAGGAAUUAUCUAUAAACGCUAGAUUUUGGAUUGGGGAAAAAGGGAAAUAUUUGGGUAUUACUAUUACUACCAUGCCUUGUAAGUUAUUUCAAAAUAAAAUAUGGAAUGAAAUUAAAUUAAAUAGGAUUUAUUAAUGUGAGAAAAAUGACAAAUAUCACUGUUGGGAAGAAUGUCUUCAUUAGCUAGAAUGUUAUUCUUAUGUCAGACAAUACCUUCUUUUGAGAACUGAUGUACCAUUUGAACAGUGCAAACGAAAUACCCAGCUUUAGAAGGCAGGAGAAAAAAAAACCCCAAAAUUAA